CACUUGAGAACUUAAUAUUCGGAGAGGCUUCAGAGGUGUGAACACAUCCUGUUUACAUCUGCCACCGAGACGGAGAUGCUGAGGGGAUCACACGGCUGAGGAGCAGCCAGAGGCAUUGCCGUGCACAGGGAGAGCUGCCCGCAGCGGGAGACGGCCCCAGCAUGGACGCGCUGCCCAUCUACCACGGGGGCAUCACCCGUGAGGCUGGGGAGAAGCUGCUGCUGGCGACGGGCACCGAUGGCAGCUACCUGCUGCGGGACAGCGAGAGCAUCCCGGGAGUCUACUGCCUCUGUGUGCUGCAUAAGGGAUAUGUUUAUACCUACAGAGUGUCCAAGACAGAAACUGGGUCCUGGUCUGCUGAGACAGCGCCCGGGGUCCACCGGAGGCUCUUUCGGAAAGUGCAGAACCUCAUUUCCGCCUUCCAGAAACCUGACCAAGGCAUCAUAACGCCCCUGCAGCACCCGGUCAUCAACCGUGCAAAACCCAAAUACCCCCCAAGGUACCCAUGGGGCAGAGGGAGCCUCUACUGCAGUGGAGCAGAGUCCUCCACAGUGGUAGGGAUGGAGGUCUUAGACUUAUUUGCAUUGUUGACCUGAAAUAGCCAGCAGGGUGGCAUUGCCAAAACUAUGCCCUAGCUUUGCUACCGUGUGAUCAGAAUGCCAGCAUUGAGGUGCUCCUUAAGGAUAGGGCCUGUCAAUGCGAUGAGAAAAUGGAUUUUGAAUACUUAUUCCUGAGUGCUACACUGGUGGUGGCUGCCUGCCCUCCCCAGCGCCCUCGCUCUUGUAGGUACGAGCAUUCUGAUCCAUCCAUUUUCUUGCAGUGGCCAUCCUUUCAUAUCUUUGUGAUUAUUUUUCUUAGGGAGAAAUGAAAGCCAUGACUUCCACCUGCAGCCAUCAUGAAGACGUUUCCCCAAGUGUGACAUAACCAUAUCUUCCAGUGUCUUCUCUAGUCCAUGCUCGAGAACAGAAUGAUUUAUAUGAUAGUUAAUACAACUCCAUGAGUUUUCUUGUAACAUUUGCAGAAAUGUGUAUUUCAUAAAAUUUCUAGCUCAAAAUUUAAAAGUGUUAAGUUUCAGAAUGUUUUGAAUUUUUUUCUUUUUAUUUUCUAAAAGAGGAUAAAAAAAUCAACUACUAAAUAGUGUAAUGCCUUUUUUAUCUUCUUGUACUUUCAAGUACAAAAUAUUUUUCACUUCAAGAUUAGUUCCUAAUUAAUAAUUAGUUACUAAUUUUACAUUACUUAACUUUGAACUCUGCUUUACUUUGUUCUGGUUGACAUUUAUGAAGAACUAGGCAAGUCCCCUUUUAUAGCCUGAAGAAAAUUGCUUACAUUAAAGUGUCGUUGCCUUGGGUGGGCUGUAUGUCUGUCAUUCAUACAGUUCCUAAAGAUAUUCCAGAAGUGGCACCAUGAGGCUCCCCACUAAGUGAUUUCCUAUCACACCAGGCGCUUGGCUCUGUAACUCAGCAGAACUGGCCACCACUGCCUGGAUGUACAAAAUUUGCAGUUUGCACAAAUGAUCAAAAGCUUCAGCACUGCACUGAGUAACUGAGCACAACCAGUGAAGUGGAGAACAUCGGUCUUUGCUUUCAGAUUUUUCUCUGUUCUUGAAACA